AUGAGGAUUUUUAAUGGCAGUGAGCUUGUGUUUAGCCAGACUUAUUUUCCAUCACAGUCAAAUAAGGUUUUAGAGGUCAAAACCGGUGAGUUCAGCGAAUUUGUUCAAAAUACGUUUGUUUAGACUCGACUGUGAGGACGUUGGCCUUGACAGAAGUCCCAGAAACUGGAGGAUCUUUCUCUUUUCCACCGGAUGCAAUUGGUUUCAACAACAGGAUUAUCUUUUGGUAAGGGUAUAAUGUUUUAUUAUUUUUGUUUAGGAGAACAGAGUCUUCGAGGCUUUAUCUGAAUGAAGUGAAUGCCACCAGGCAGUAUCAAGACUCGUCCUUAUACAUCGAUUUUGCUCCGUCUGUCAUUGUUCAGGGCACUUCUUUAUUAUUAUGUCGAGAUCUCUUGCUUUUGGUGGUCCCUACUCAGUCAUGUAUCCACAGAUUCAAGAUAAGAUUGACUGGAAAGAACAGUGUGGACCAAAGUUUUACCAACCGUUCGGUGUUGUCUUUCUUCCCCAAGCAAGAGCAUCUCCAGUCUUGUCAUGACUGUCAUUAUUUCUCCAAUUCUGUCAUUGCCAGUUCAGUCCAUGUUACAUUGGACAAGAUUGGAAAUACUUAUUGUUCCAUUGUGGCCAACAAGAACCAACUUAUUCUGUUAAACAUGAAGAUUCAACCUUCUUCAAAGUGUGAGUUCUCUUUUGUUUUGUUUUUACAUUGAGUUCAGCUGGAUUUGAAGAGACGAUUCUGAAGGAAGGAUACGUAAUUAAUCGCUUGUGGAACUCAUCUGAACAGGAAUCCACCAUUCUCAGUUCAACUUCCAUAAUGUCAGCAGAUGAGUUAUACGUCUUAAGUGUUCACGAAGAUGGACGUCUUAAGAUUUGGGCUGUGAAUUCAAACUCCGUUAAGAAUUCUUACAAUCUGGCAUCAUUUCUGAAACAAGAAUCGACAGUUGAAGUGGAGAGUGUGCAAAUGAAAUUUUCAAGAGCAUUCGAUAAACAUUUCUUGGUGAUGAAAGUUCAAAUGGUUAGAAGAACAAAGUUUUUAUUCUUUGAAUUCAAUGCGGGAGAUCUGUCUUUGAGGAGGAGAGUAGAUCUGGAAGCGGUGAGUUGAUUUCUUUGCGACUAUUUUGUUGUUUAGACAUCCGUGGUCGACUUUUUGGUUACCCAAUCGUCCCUUCGAAGACAAGAGUUCGCCCUCUGGGUUUGUAAUCGAGAAUCCUUUGAGGAUGGGACUCCAAGCGGAAUGUUCCAGCCAUAUUCGAUGAGGAAAUGUUUUGUGUCAAUGUAAGGGUCUGAUAAAGUUUAUAGUCGUUCGUAUUUAGGAAUGGCGAUUUUGAGAGUAUUUGGGAUUCGAUCGAGACAACAGCCAUCAAUACGAAGAAGAUAGAUAUGAUAAAUCAUUCCAAAAUAGAUGCCAUCAAGAAGAGAGUCCUCGGAGGAGAGACCUACUCUUUUGAGAUGGUAGAAAGGGCCAUCCAGACAUUAUGUAAAUCUCCCGGAGUCAAAUUCGAAUACAUGGAUUGGCCAAGUCUCUCCAAUUAUGUCGAUGGGUUCAUAGGAAGUGGUCAGGUAAUCCCAUUUAUACUGUCAUUAUUCGAAUUUUAGUUCAAAACCUUGUAUCUCUCCAAGGAAGAUCAGCACACAUUCUCGGCGACCAAUAACCUAGAUGAAGAUGGAGUUAAAGCCGCCAAGAAAAAGUUCUGGACCACGCUGGACAAGUACUGUAGCCAAUUCCAGGAACAGUUGAUCUCCCCAAUUGUUCUGUGGCAUUGCCCGGUAUUGGGAUUGGUUGGAUGCAUCCAACAUGUAAGUUGUUUUUAUUUAAAGUUAUAGUUUGUCGAUUUAGGCGAGAUUCACGGUUUAUUUGGAGCCGGAUCAUACUAUGAAAGGUUUUGUACAACAUGAUAAGCAGGUUCUUCUGAAGCUCCUAAAGGUCACUGAAGGAUUUUUGGAAGAGAGCUGUGUAAGUAAAUAUGCUUAUUAGAUGUUACAUUACACUUGACGAAAUCUAACAGUAUUAUUGUAGGAUUUCCGAGGAGUUUUAGCCUCGGAUUUGGAGUUCUUGAUCUCCCAUCUGAACGUCCUCUUCAAUGUCCUCAAGUGGUUUACUGAAAGGUGCCCAGAUGGAAAUGCGGAUGAAAGUAAGGACUUUUUAUUUCAAUACUUAUGAUUGUUUUAGUGGUACCCAUCAAAGCAGAAUAUAUAAAUUCGUCGUUCUCGAUUGGGUUUAUGUCUGCUGCCCUCAGGCAUCGAAUUCUGAAUCGACUUUUAUUUGCCAAAUGCAUCUGCACUCUCGUUUCUCUGACUGAAUCUCAUUUGGAUAAGGCCGUAAGUUUACUUAUUUGAUUAGAUGAUGACAGAAAAAUGGUAUGCAGGGUGGACGAUUAGGAUCAUCCAUCCUGUUUUAGGUAUUUCUCCGUCAAUAAUUCACCUAUAAAAUUGAUUUCAAAAUGGAAGCUAACGAUAAGGUGCUCCGUUUUUUGUAACACGCCUAAUUAAUCGAAAUCUUUAAAAAUGCGAGCAUGGCGAGAUUUUCUACAUGCAUGAAGACCCAUCCCAAGGAUGCAUAACGGGUUUCUAGACCUAGAUUGCACGAUAAGACAGCUUUUGCUCUCAUUCGUCCGACUUGGUACAGUUCAAAAUAUUCUUGAACUUUAAGAAUAUGAACAUAGAAUUGUCAUUAAAUUUUAUAGAAGUUGGUAUAUUUUUGGAGGAGAAAUACCUGAAGGAAGGUUACAAAAUGAAUUUUUUUGUAGGGGAAAUCUUCCGAUAUUGCAUGGAAAGUGUCCAAUUCACGGAAACCGAUCAACCAGAUCAGGGAUUUCUAUUACAAUCUCUAUCAGUCAUUGUCCACCAGGUUCUUCAGGUAAAUGGAGUUGUUGUUUUUGCUAUUUAUUGCUGCUUUUAGUCCCUACGAUCCAUCUACGUCAGCGGUCUCACUGAAUCUGGCCGAGGCUUUCUACAAGUCAGCUCAUUUGCUUCCGAAUGUUCCUCCAGUUGAUGAAGAUUUUGAUGUAGAAGACGAAUUAUGGAAUCAAGAACAAUCUGCGAAGGCGGUUACUUCCCAGUUCCUCGAGUUCACGAUGAACGCGGUGCACUUGACAAUCGUUUCUUUAUGGCCCAACUCUACUACAAUGUCUUUUCCUAAAUUUUUAGCCAGAAAUAUGUUCUACGAGCAUCUGAGGGUAAGUGAAAUAGUUUCAAAGAAUUCAUCGUUUCGUGAUUUCAGAAUUACUGUGAAUUGAACGAGCCUUACCUCUCCAAUCUGACCUAUGCUUUCAACUUUUACAAAGGGAUUGCUCUCUCAGGGCUCGGUCUUCCUCAAGAUGCAGAUCUUGCUUUCCAGGAAGCUCUCCAGGGCAUUGAUUUGGGCGAUGAAGCUCUUAAUCGGGCUUUAUGUUACUACUCGCUAAAGAAAUACCCUUACAAACACAAUCUCUGCGACUUUUAUGCGGCGACGAUGAGUAUUUUCAAGACUUCAAACCAUGGAGAAUAUGUUGUUAGAAGUGGGCAGCUGGCCAUUAAGAGUGCUGAGAAGGUUGGAAACAUCAAACCGGAUCCUGAUCUCAUGGUAAAUCUUUACGAUGUUUAUAUCAAUGUUUUAGAGUUUAAUUUAUAACAAAAUGUUCUCCCAAUAUGUCGCGGAUAAGAAGUUUAACGAAGCUGUGAAGACCUUGCACAACAAUCCAGUUCCAUCGCAGCAAUUGUCAUGCCUGAGAUCACUAAUUGGAACCCUUUUGGAUCUAAACGAAAUGAAAAUUUUGAUCAACUUGCCUUAUAUUACCUUAGGUGACAAGGUGGCUGAAAUGUUGGAGAGCAGAUGUAAAGUGCAGAAUGCUUUGACGGAAAAUGGCCUGUUCAAUACUGUCUAUGCGUUUUACAUCAAAAGAUUUGAGUACAAGAAAGGUAAAAUUACUUUAUGGGAAUUUUUAAUUUUUGAUGACAUCUAUUCUUUUAGCCGCACAAAUUCUGUACUCAUUGGUUUGGAAGUUGAAGUUUGUGUCUCAGAAUCGGGAUGUUUUGGAAAAGAGAUGCCGACUUCUGGCAUGUGUAAAUCAAACCAUGGAGUUGUUGGGAGAUGACAAGGCCUCUUUGGAGAUUGAUGUGGUGAGUAGAGGGACUUCUUGUACAAUGUUGUUAUAUGAGAAUUGUUUUUUAUGUUAUCUUUUAGGCCACAGUAAUUGCUCAUGACGCUAUCGAAGAGGAUAUUCCGGAAAAUCUGCCCAAAAAGAAAUUCCAGAUGACCAAACAAGAUAUCCUCGAGGAAUUUAUGUUAUUGGAGGCUAGACUGGCUCUUUGUGAUACCGAAGCUUACGAUCAAGGUCCUCCAGUGGACAAGGUUGACGUCUUCAAUGGAGUCAUUACUCACAAAAACUAUGAUCUCGCAUUUGUGUUGCACAGGUAAGAAGAUUAAGGUGGAUUAUACUGGAGAUUUAGAACUUUCGGACUCCCGGUGACAGAUCUGAUACGUUCCUUGACUUUGGAGUGUCUUCAGCUUGGAUUUGAAGAACCCAGAGUAACUCCCAUUUGGGUGGUUCAUAACAGAAGAUUCGUGGACAACCUCAGGUAAGGUCGAGGAACUUCUUUGUUGUUCGCAAAAAAACUUUUCCGAAAUUUGCCAAAGAAGGUUCGUGCCUAGACCGUAGAGGAUAAUAAAACAUUUUUUUCCGUACGAAGCUGGCAAAGAUACGGCAAAAAGUAUUUUUGUGUUUGGCCGGCCUCCGCGUUUACCGUACUCUCUCGGCAGCAAAGAUGGUUUUAUACCUCCGGUGCGCCUGUGAAGCGCGAGCUAAAACUUUCAGUAAUUCAUAUGUGGCCUAUGCCUGAUGUGUGUACAAAGUUUAAAGAAAGCCUGAACGUUUAAAAGCCUUGUUUCUUUGCGAACGGUAAAAAGCGCGUCCUAACGUCAAAGAAAUGUAAUUUUAUUAAUCUUAUGUUUAGAUGUCAAACAAAACUUCCUCAGCAUUGGAGAGUCCUGAUUACGUAUGUUGACCUCUCUCUGGCCAGCCUUCAAUCAACCCAGGAUGAUUCUUUUGUCCUCCGAAAUAUCCUCCAGAUCUUUUUGGAAAGGGGAUUAGAGGUUCCAGAAUGGCUGAGUACAAGAUAUCUGGUAAGUCAACAUAAAAAAGUAGUUAAUUUUUGUUUCAGAAGGUUAAUGUCCGUGAUUUCCUUGCCGAAUUAAUCGAAUUUGAUGAGAUUCUUCUGGCCUUAAUGACGGUCUCCAGUUAUCUCGAGAAUUUAAUUUCCGCGAGACCCAAGUUGGAGCAGCUCCACAACAUUCCAUUUGUUCUCAUCAACAAUCUACUGAUCUUUGCUGACAAACAAAACACUUCCAAGAUCAUUGAGGAAUCGAAAAAAACUCAAGAUGCUCUGAGGAGGGUAGCCCGGGCCUUUAAAUUUAUUCAAUCUGUUUAA